AUGCAACCUCUCCAGGACUCUGGCCAUGCAAGUGCGACCUUGUCACAAAAUUCGUGUCAGGAAUCAAAAUCCGUCUCGACAGCCUCCAUCCUGCCUCCACCCGCUCUCGUCAACGCUAAGCCAGUAACCCCGAAGGACGAGACCGUCGUCGCUGCUGAACUGGAUGCAUACCCAGAAGGGGGCGGUUACACGAACUCCUUUGGGGUUUACCAAGACUAUUAUAACCGAGUUUACUUGAGCAACACAUCGUCCUCGACCAUCUCGUGGAUUGGCAGCAUCUCAGCCUUCCUGCUCGUGCUGCUCGGCAUCCCUGUCGGUCAUCUCUACGACCGCGGAUACUUCUACCACCUUCUCUACGGCGGAUGUCGUUCUCUCAUUCUCUACCUUUAUGCUUUCCCUCGCCCAGCCCGGUGCCUUCUACCAGGCAUGCGAACGACCGAUUCACAUUCGCCGCCCCGUCUCACAUUGCAUCCACAGAUCUUCCUCGUCCAAGGUCUCGGUGUAGGCAUCGGCGCCGGGAUGGUGUACAUCCCGAGCAUGGCCGUCGUCUCUCAGUACUUCCACCGUCGGCGCGCGCUCGCCAUGACCCUCGUCGCCGGCGGCGCCUCGCUCGCGCCGGUCGUAAACCCGAUCAUGCUCAACAACACGCUCGACCGACUCGGGUUCGCGACCGCAACCCGCGCGAACGCGGCGCUCAACACCGGGCUGCUCCUCGUCGGCUGUGCGCUCACGCGCCUCCGCUGCGUGCCCGUCGCGGAGGAGGGCGGCGGGAGCGGGUGGCGGGCGAUGUGGACGAUCUCCGUCUUCAUCGUCGACUUCUACUUCCCGCUCUUCUACAUCCAGCUCGACGCCAUCCAGCACGGACUCAGCCCCCAAUUCUCCUUCUACGCGCUCGUGAUCCUCAACGGGUGCAGCUUCGCGGGGCGCCUCCUCAGCGGCGCGCUCGCCCACUACGCCGGGGUGGGCCGCGUCGUCACCGCUUCCGCCGUCGCCUGCGCCGUGCUCGUCUUCGGCAUGAUCGGCCUCCACACCGUCGCGAGCGUCGUCGCGAUCGCGUCCAUCUACGGCUUCUUCGCCGGCGCGUACAUCGCCCUCCUCGGCCCCUUCUUGGUCUCGAUGGCGGGCAGCAUGUCCGAGACCGGGCUCCGACUCGGGAUCGCGUGGUGCAUGAGCGGCUUCGGCAGCCUCAUCGGCACCCCCAUCGAGGGCGCGCUCCUCACCGGGGAAUACGUCUGGUGGCGUCCGGCGGUCUUCAGCGGGGUCGUUGGCAUGUUCGGUGUAGGCUGUCUCGUCGCCGCCACGGUGCUGAUGCACAGAAGGGAGGCUGACACGCGCAGCGAAAACACGUCCGUAGACGACAAGGCCUGA